AUGGCAUUUUAUGGAAAAGUUGUCAUAAUUACGGGAGCUUCUUCAGGCAUUGGAGCUGCAACUGCCUUAAAUUUCGCUAAAGAAGCAGCAACUUUGGUAUUAACAGCUCGAUCUUUGCCGAAUCUCGAAAAAACACGCGACAAUUGUUUGUCUCUCGGAGUGAAAAAUCUUCCAACGCCUUUGAUUAUCACAGCAGAUCUCACAAAAGAAGCAGAUAUUGAGGAAAUUGUAAAGCAAACUACUUCAAAAUUUGGUAAAAUUGACAUUUUAGUCAAUAAUGCCGGCGCGAACAAAUAUCACACAAUCGAAAAUGUCACCAUGGAAGCUUUUGACUUUGUAAUUCGAACAAAUUUGCGUUCCGUAUAUUAUUUGACGACAUUAUCAAUUCCCUAUUUGGCGAAAACUGAAGGAUGCAUCGUUAAUGUCUCGAGUAUCACGUGUUAUCGACCAAAUGCAAACACUUAUUGUGCAAGUAAAGGAGCUUUGGAUCAAUUUACGAGAGUUUCCGCUGUCGAAUUGGGUCCAAAAAAGAUUCGAAUCAAUACCGUAAGUCCCGGAUUGGUCAAUGGAACGUUUCAGAAGAAAUGCGGCAUGGCAGAUGAUCAAUAUGAAAAAAUGUUGAAUGAUGCGAAGAGUAGUUAUCCAUUGGGAAGACCUGCUGAACCUGAAGAUAUCGCAAAUGCAAUUUGCUUUUUGGCAUCGGAAAAGGCAAAAUACAUCACGGGAGUUAUUUUACCUGUAGACGGAGGAAAAAGCUGCGUUUAA